CUCGAAGAAACGGUUACGAUCAUGGUCGCCGAGGAAGGGAACGUGAAGACGAUCCGUGGCGACGGCCUCUCUUUAAAAUUACUUUCAAACGAGCAAAUUCUAGAAAUUACUGGCGACGGAUGCAACGUUACCGUGGCGAAAAAUUACGGAAGUGUUCGUAUCAUAGGCGACGGAUGUAGAUUGAAGAUCGAUCUGAACUUGGGUGACGUGGAGUACAGGGGGGACGGAGGACGCGUGUUGCUAGGCCCGAAAUCGUCGAACAAGGUCCGAUACGUUGGAGACGGGGGCAGAGUAACCGUCGAUGGCAACACGGAGAAAAAGAGCAAAAAAAAGCUUAGGCGACCGUCGAAGAAGAUAACGGACGAGGAGCGUUCGAAGGACAUCGAAGUAAAUAAAGAGCGUUCGAGCAGCGUUGAAGAGAGGGAGAACGCUGCGAACGCGAAAAGAGAUGCUAAACGGGUUGCUUUGGGAAACAAACAAGAGAAAGUGACGAAGACAGUGAUUAGCAACUCGUGGCUACAAUGUGACGAGCAACUCGUAACCAAAUGGUUCGUGAAUCCUGGGACGGUUAUCAGGUCCUUCGAUGGAGCCACUUUCGUCAAGAUAGGUCCCAAAGAGGAUUUAUUAAAGAAAUUAUGAAUAACGCUAGAAAGUGUCGAAACUCGAACAUCGAAAUGUUUGAAAUAUAAUGCGUGUGUGCUAUGCUUGCGCGUAACCUUAAUCACCUACAGUAUUUCUAGAAUUAUCGCCUAUCUAUACUUGGCGAGUAUCUAUACUUAUACAUAGCAAUUAAAGGGGAAAAUUGCGGCCUCCCCUGACAAAGAGGAAAGCAGGAGGAAGAUUCGCUUCGGAGCUGAUAUAGAAGUGAAUUGAGUAAUCAUCCGAGUCCGCUAUACCAAGUAGGGGAAUCAAUCGCGUGAAUAAUGAAGUGUCAUUACCGACGAUCUCUUCAAUGCCAACUCUAGGUGACAAACGACUUAUUCACUCGACGUUCGUUCUUUUCGAAUGUCGCGAUAAUAAUACCGACUAUCGGUCAUGUAAUAUUCGUGUCCACUUAACCACCGAAGACAAAUGACUGUACGACAGUAUUCGCGCCAAACGUACUUACGACUAUAAGGUAUAGUAAGUAUGCAACUCGUGCGACAAGCUAUAUCGAAGCAGUAUUUCGUCGCAUGAACGUCUGUGACGUUCCUUCAGACUGUUUGAAAAUUUAAGUUAUAGGAUUUCGAAUGCACGCGAAGGCUGAUCUCAGAUAGUAUUAUUGUAUGGAAACAUCUACGUGUAAACGAGAAAUAAAAAUUGUGUAACGAGAGUCUAC